AACACAGAAUUCGUCUGAUUAUUCUUCGUAACCAAAACAAAAAUUCGAAACAUCUCAAAAUAUUCGAAAAGAGAACAGAGAGCGCCAAUUCAAAUGUUGAUUCGACAAAUCUCUAAAAAUGGCGCUUUGCAUCUUCCUUCCCUUUUUCUCCCCUCUUCUCUCCUUCAUUCUCUUCCAAUCUCAAUCUCAAUCUCUCUCUCGUUACUUUUUUUUUCUUCCUCUCUCUCGAAUCCAUCGAUCCAACCAUGUCCGACGAUAAGGAGAACUUCGUUAGGAUGACGAGAGCAGCGACGAAACGAAAAGCUUCCAUGGAAGCGAUUAUAGACGAGGAGCGUCUCAGCAAGAAAAGAGUUGUGCUCGGCGAGCUUCCGCACUUGUCCAACGUCUCGGCGACCAAAAAGCCCAGAAAAACAGUUAAGGUUCCGACGAAGGAGAAGAAGAAGAAGCCGAUUUCGAAUGUCACAUCAACGCCAAAAGAAUCAAUCUCUGAUAUCGACACGAGAUCUGAUGAUCCUCAGAUGUGUGCUCCUUAUGUUUCCGGAAUCUUCGACUAUCUCCGUCAAUUAGAGGGGAAGGAAAAGUCGAAGCCUUUAGUUGAUUAUAUUGAGAAGGUUCAGAAAGAUGUAAAUCCAAUUAUGAGAGGAGUUUUGGUUGAUUGGUUAGUGGAAGUUGCUGAAGAGUACAAGCUUCUCUCGGACACUCUUUAUCUCGCUGUCUCUUACAUUGACAGAUUCUUGUCUAUCAAGACUGUUAAUAGGCAGAAGCUUCAGCUUUUGGGUGUUACUGCAAUGCUUAUUGCCUCGAAGUAUGAAGAGAUAACUCCUCCAAAUGUGGAAGACUUUUGUUACAUCACAGACAACACUUACACAAAACAAGAGAUUGUGAAGAUGGAAGCUGAUAUACUUCUUGCCCUUGAGUUUGAAUUAGGAAACCCCACCAGCAAUACGUUUCUAAGACGGUUCACAAGAGUAGCACAAGAAGAUUUCAAAAUGUCACAUUUACAAUUGGAGUUUCUCUGUAGCUAUCUUUCAGAGUUAACCAUGUUAGAAUAUAAUAGUGUGAAGUUUCUUCCGUCUAUUGUGGCUGCUUCAUCUGUGUUUCUUGCAAGAUUCAUCAUCUGUCCAAAACAACAUCCCUGGAGUGUAAUGUUGGAAGAAUACACAAAUUACAAAGCGGGUGAUCUGAAAGAAUGUGUGGGUAUGAUACAUGACUUGUACCUGAGCAGAAAAGGAGGAGCUUUACAAGCUGUAAGAGAGAAAUACAAGCAGCAUAAGUUCAAGUGUGUUGCGACUAUGCCUGUAUCGCCAGAGCUUCCUCUUACCUUUUUUGAAGAUGUCAACAUUUAGAGAUUAAGAAGCAAGUUGUUGGUGUUUUUGGGUUGUAUAUGUGUUAGGACCACUUUUAAUUGGG